AUGACCCUCGCCUCCGCCGUCCGCCCAUUGGCCCUACGCCAGCUCGCCCUGACCGUUCCGCGCACGCCCCGCCGCAAUGCCCGCGUCGUGAAUGCCUUCUCGCGCUUCUUCCAAACGCGCGUGGAGCCUCGGGUCGUCGCCAAAUACCGCGAGAAGCUCGAACUGAAACAAAAAACUGAAGGCGUCAGCUCAUUCGAGGAAUUGAAGCAAGUCUACAAAGGCAAGAUCGAAGCCGUGCGGAAAGAAGCCGCCGUCACCCCCGAGGUGGAUGCGGUUCUCAAUGCCACCGCCGUCGCGACCACCGCUGCCGCAGACGCACCAACGCAAGCCCGGCCGCCACCACCGCCCAUCGCCGCCGCCGCCCGGAGAGCCGCUUCGGCCCCACCCGGCGUAAAAACGCUCUCCUCGUAUGUCGACGCCGACGCGCUCUCCGCGCACACAUCGCCCAAAGAAAUCGAGCUCAUCUGGCGCGCGCGCUUCGUCGCCGCCGCGGACUCGCUGUGCGCCGUUGUCCCCACGGCGACGUAUAAGCGCAUGGAGGCGCUAGCAAAGCGGCACCCGAUGUUCCUGCUCCCGCUCCCACGGGACGGACAGGGUGUCGAGAUGCAUCUGCUGCAGUGGACAUUCCCGUCCAGGGAAUCCGCUACGGUGAUUUUCACCUCGCUGGAGGACUAUAAGCUCCGCGGAGAGUUUGCGCAGCCCCACACCACGCUGACGCAUCAUCUGGAGCUGGCGGAUGGCCACGGCCUCGUCCUGGCGCAGGGACAGGUGAUUAGUGAGCGCGGCGUGAGUGUGGAUCAGGCGCAGCUGCUGGUGAUCGCGCUGCAGAAGUUUUAUGGCGCCAUCGAAAGCUCCGAGACUGAGAGGAGGAAGGAGAUGUUGGAGAUGUUUACACGAGGUGAUGAGAAAUUCUCCAUUGAGGCGUUGAUUGCGGAGGUGGAGAAGGCGGUGUAGAUUGUGAGGUUGUUGUAAGAUAGAUAGACGCAUUGUAUAUGUAGACAGUCACUGGCACGGUAG